AUGUCAGCGGGAUGCUCGGGGCAACGGGAGCCGGGGGCCUCGAGCGGGCGUCGGAGCAAAUGGGACCAGCCGGGGCCUUCGCCAGCUCUCUUUCUCCUUCCUGCUACCACCCCUGUGGCUGGCCGGCCCAUGCAGGGCAGCGGAGACGGCAUGUCGGGCUCAGAAGGCUCGGCGGCGCCUUUGGGAGCUUUGGAUGCCGCUGCGGCAGUGGCCGCAAAAAUCAACGCCAUGUUGAUGGCAAAAGGGAAGCUGAAGCCCUCGUCCAACUCUGCAGACAAGCUCCAGGCUCCAGGCAAAGGUCCGUCGGCGAACAAAAGCAAAGAUGAUCUCGUGGUGGCAGAAGUGGAAAUCAACGACGUGCCGCUCACGUGCCGAAAUCUCCUAACAAGAGGACAGACGCAGGACGAGAUAAGCAAGCUCAGUGGGGCCGCAGUCUCGACUCGGGGGCGAUACAUGACCGCAGAAGAGAAACUCAAAAUUGGCCCCGGAGAUCGUCCCCUGUACUUACACGUCCAAGGACAGACGAGGGAACUGGUAGACAGAGCUGUCAACCGGAUCAAAGAAAUCAUCACCAAUGGUGUCGUCAAAGCAGCCACUGGGUCCAGCCCCACCUUCAAUGGGGCCACGGUGACCGUCUACCACCAGCCCGCCCCCAUUACUCCCUUGCCCCCAGCCGUGGGGCAAAAGACGCCCUUCCAGUCCGGCGGAAUGCAUUACGUCCAGGAUAAGCUGUUUGUGGGGUUGGAACACGCCGUGCCCACGUUCAGCAUCAAGGAGAAGGUGGAAGGGCCAGGCUGCUCAUAUUUGCAGCACAUCCAGAUAGAGACGGGGGCAAAGGUCUUCCUUCGGGGGAAAGGCUCCGGCUGCAUCGAACCCGCCUCUGGCCGCGAAGCUUUCGAACCCAUGUACAUAUACAUCAGCCACCCCAAGCCAGAAGGCCUGGCAGCAGCCAAAAAGCUUUGCGAGAACUUACUACAGACAGUGCACGCCGAAUACUCGCGGUUCGUGAACCAGAUUACCCCCGCCAUGCCCUUAACAGGAUUCGCACAACCGGCAACCAUCGCUACCGUUCCUCCCCAGCCACCGUACUACCCCCCCAACGGCUUCCAGGCGACCUACCCCAUGGCUCCGCCCCCUCAGCAGCCAGGCCAGCCUCCUUACGUGAUGCCGGGCAUCGGUCCUCCGGCAGUUCCUAUGGCGCCCGGGGUACUGGCCCUCCCCACCAGCGUCCCUCCCGUGCCCACCCAGUACCCCAUUACGCAAGUCCAGCCCGCUGCUACCACCAGCCAGACCCCGCUAACUGCUCCUUUCUUGCCUGCUGCUCCUGGAAAGACGCCCUUGCCGAGUGGGACGCAGCCCCAGAUGCAGUCCCUUCCUCAACAGGGUCAAAAGCGGCGAUUCACCGAGGAGCUCCCGGACGACCACGAAUCCGGAUUGUUGGGAUAUCAGCAUGGACCCAUUCAUAUGACUAAUUUAGGUACAGGAUUCUGCAUCCCGACGGACAUGGAUGGAACAGGCCCGAAGCCAGCAGGUUCCUCAGGAAAGGAGAGAGAGAGGGACAGGCAGCUGAUGCCACCACCACCAGCGUUACCAGUGACCGGAAUGAAGCCGGAGCCUGAUGACCGAAACGGGUCCUUGGGGGGCAGCAACGAUCAUCCAUCCAAGAAGAUGAAAGGCCGAGAAAAGGAACUCGGGCUGGUGGCCUACACCGGCGACUCGUCGGACGAAGAGGAAGACCACGGGGGUCUUAAAAAUGCAAGUAGCUACUCCCAAACCUGGAGGCUCGGAUACCAGUACCCGUCGUCACAGCAGCGGGCGAAGCAACAGAUGCCGUUCUGGAUGGCCCCUUAGGGUCUCCCCGUCUUCGCCCUUCCGCCUCGAGCAAUAAAACCGCAUGUAUUCCGAUCAAGAGACAAGUCCGCGCCAACCCAGAAGCUCCUCCCCCUGCUCUCUGCACACGCUUGUGAGAUGCAGUUACGACUCUAUUUUUAUUUUUUAUUUCCUUUUCGUGUGGCUGGGCUCUUUUUUAUGCCCUUUCCCCACCCCCUCUGGUACCGAACAUCCGCCGUUUGGAGCGACUCACGGCGGGGAGGGGGAAACCGCCGGAUACUUCGGCAGCACGACGGCCGAUCCUCUGCGGGUUGCGUGCGAUCACGCACCAAGGAGUGUCCUCGCCUCGCCUGAGCUCCCGAAUCUUCUCAGUAGCGGCUUUUCAGAAGAGGGGCCAGCCAGUCAGCCUGCUUGGCCCCCCCCUGCGUCACAACUGGCUGCCGUUCCGUGUUCGUUUCUUGCUGGGAAGAAUUUCCGCUCCCCCCCCUUCUCCUCCGGGCUGUGUGCGUGUGACACUUCCCCCCCCCCUUUCUGGAACGGAGAACAGAAAAAAACCUUUGCUGGAUCAUUAUAUAUAUAUUUUUUUGACUCUAGAAUCCUUUCCCAGAUGGGAUCUCUGUUCCUUUUUGUUCCCCCAAGCUGUUUAUUUCUAUUGUUUUUGUUUUUAGCAUUAGGAAAUCGCAGCUUUUGUAGCUGUGUAAGCGCCGUUUAGAUCUGGAGUUUUUUUUUUUUAAUCCGCCUGGCGGAUAACAUUUUUUCGUUUCUUGGCUUUUUUUAAGCAAGGAGACGGCACAACGGAGGGGAAAUUUAGACAAUUCAGCUCUUAGAAUUUAAAAUCUUGGCUUCCUCCACCAGCAUUGCGUUCAUUUCGGUAUGGUUACGAGACCUCCUUUCUGUUCCAAAUUUGCGAGCGGCGACCAGAUUUCAUUCUGUGGUUGUUUCCCUCCCCCCCCCCCUUUUUAAAAAAAAUAAUACUACAUGUUCUGGAAUCGGUAAAAGCCGAUUGUUUUUAAUCGUUGUUUCGGAACUAACCGGAUUUCGCCAGUACUGUUAGCUAUUAAACACACGGGGGUUUAAUUUUUUUUUAAUGUUUUCGCACAAUGAAUUGCGCAGCCUUGGGAAUGUGGAACCGCAGACUGACUCUGCUUUCUCUCCCGCCCAAAAAAAAAAAAAAAGAGUAUUUAAAAUAAUUGGAACAAAAGUGUCGGAUUAUUUUUCCUUUCCUUUCCCCCCCCCCCCGGCGGGUUUGCUUCGCCCCCCCAACCAACACCCCCCACCCCAAACUUCAGUCUGUUCUCUGAUUUUUCUACAUGUUGUAAAUAAAUUGAACCAUAAUUUCACGAUAAA